AUGGGUCAACCAAGGGCACCAUUGGGCGCACCUCAAAGACAUCAAAGGGAAGUAGUACGGGGAAUUGAAGCUCACUUCCGGCCCAUUAUCACUAACAAUCCUUCGCCGGUAGUGAUUCCUCAUCGUGCGGAUGGAAGGACCUUUGAAGUUAGAACAACCGCUCUCCAAAGUUUACCAAAGUUCAAAGGGUUAGCAACGGAAGAACCCUACUUUCAUUUGGAGACAUAUGACUCCAUUUGCAAUACUAUUGGAGGUCAAGGGUUUUCUGCGGAUGAUGUCAAGUUGGUCCUCUUCCAGUUUUCCCUUGAAGAUAAAGCGAAGAGAUGGUUUCAUACAUUACCCUCUGCGUCCAUUUUUACAUGGGCCGGCAUGCAACAAAUAUUCUUGGAUGAAUAUUACACUUCUCAAAAGACCAACGAUGCUAGAAGAGGUUUGAGAAGUUUCCAACAACAAUCGGGGGAAAUGUUUCACGAAGCUUUUGAGAGGUUCAACAUGAUGUUACGGAAUUGCCCUCAUCAUGGGAUCCAACUUUGGGAAUUGUUGAAUGCAUUUCAUGAAGGGUUGAGUUCGGAGGAUGCACGGGAUUUGAUAGCAAAUGGAGUUGAGAGUGGCAACGUUCAAACCACGAACCAAGUGUACAACGUGUGUACAAAUUGCAACGAAAUAGGCCACACGGCGGAAGUUUGUGUAGUGGGCUUGGUUGAUGAGCAAGUAGAAGAGGUUAAUGCAAUUCAAGGAGGGGGUGGUCGAAAUUUCAACAUGAACUCCAACACAUAUCACCCCGGGUUACGAAAUCAUCCGAAUUUUCGGUAUGGGAACGCGGCGAACCAAGCUAACCCAAAUUUUCAAGGAGCCCAAGGUAACUUUGCACCUCGUCAACAAUACAAUCAAGGCAACUAUAGAGGUGGAAACAAUUAUGGGUACCACGGGCAAUUUCAACAAUCGGGUCAAAGUGGUUCGGGUCAACCUUCAUCAAGCGGGAAUGACAUUAUGGAUAUGCUUCGGGCUAUGCAACAAGAUAUGCAAAAGCGAAAUCAACUUGAUGAAGUUCGAAUGCAAAAGGAUGAAGUUCGUGACAAGAGCAUCCAAUCACUAACAAUCCAAAUGGGACAAUUGGCAACCGAUGUGGCAGAGUUGAAGAAAGGCAAGGGUCAACUUCCUAGCGACACCAAGGUAAAUCCUUCACAUGGUUCGUCACGAGUUAAACCUAAAGAAUCAAAUGUUAACAAACCGGGGUUGGGUGAAAACGAGCAAAGUGAAAAAGUUGAGGGUGAACCGAGUCAAGUCCCGUUUCCAUCGGCUUUACUUGACCCGGGUAGAAAAAAUUUUAUUGCACCAAGAGGUCCCCAAAAAGAAGAGCUGUGGGACAUGUUUAAACAAGUAAAAAUCAAUCUUCCACUACUUGAUGCAAUAAAACAAGUACCCGCUUAUGCUAAAUUUCUUAAGGAAUUGUGUAGACAAAAACGACAACAAAAGAAAAAGAUGCCUAAGCGGGUAGACUUGACCGGGCAAGUGAGUGCAGUUUUGAAUGGGAGCUUCCUCCUAAGCUCCAAGAUCCGGGCACGCCAUUAA